AUGAGUCCUGAUGUCCAGUGCAGAGGAGCGUGUGUGGUAUGCGCCCAUAAUGUUGUCUCUCCUCACAAGGUUCCUUUCCAGCUAUUGCGAAAUGAUUGCCUGCCUGAGCACACAUUGCCUCAAACUUACGAUUUUGAGUUGUAUGCCAGGGCGAUUUUGUAUCCAAAGGGUCUGAGAGAUUGUUGGUCACUCUCUGAUUUGUUGAUGUGUUGUUCUUGCCAUUCUGCUCUUGUCUGUAAACACCUGCGCCAACCUAUUCGAGAUGCAUUAAAGUUGGCUUCUGUAUAUGAUUUGAUGCUUAUUAUUACUCAUUAUUAUGCAUAUAAACCGUCUAAAGAGGGUUCCCAACGGCUGCAGGAGUCAACUGAGCUUCGUCAUUUGUUGCCUCCUAGUCAUCAUGAAUUGCGUGAUGUCAUGUGUGUAAUCUUCAGUGUCAAGCAGAUGCGGCCCGUGUUGACCCUGAUUGACUUUUUGCUUGCUAAUAACCCUUGGUAUCAACAGUGUGGAGUCGAGUAUAGUCAGUCAAAUAUGGAUGAAUUGUUCGACGAACAUGAUGGUGAUAUGGACAUAUGUCAUUUGCCAAAGGAUGACUAUGUGGGUGAGGAUGGGAUUAACGAUGGUGAUAUUGGGGAUCACUCUGCAGUUAGUAGGGAGAAAAUGAAGUUGCAUGCUCUUGCAUAUGUACUUGAUCAUAAUCGUUUGCGCUUUCUGUCUGACAAUGACCCAGGUUUGAUGUCUUUUCUCUUCAAUCAUUGUGGACGCACAGUGCAACAGCAUAUAUCUAUGGAAGCUCAAUUGAAAAAUCUACUUUUGCAGGAUGAUUCGCCAUUCAUGCAAGAUCCGAAUUUUGCAUUUAUAUGUUGGAACAUGAUGCAGAAAAGAGAGGUUAGCACGAAUACUUCCUUCCGCAUUGCGGCUGACUUGAGGGACAUUGGUCCUUCACUCACCAGUUUGGCUGAAAAAUGGACUCACUCGACCAAUGCAAAACCGUCGACCAAAGAGGAGAAAAAGGCAGCUAAGAUUCUUCGCCGUAGCACAGGCUAUAAGUUGUGCUGGCGCAAUGAGAUUCGCUCUCUAAUGAAGAAGUUUAGUACACCAGUCAGUUUGAUUCCUGAGUGGUCGACAAUGAGGUCUUUUGCGAGGGCUAAGGUCAUCGCAAGUCGCCCAGAUGCUACUGCUAUUGCAUUUGAUCUGCAAAUGCAAUCUUUUAUCGACAUUAUCCUAAGAUAUAAACAUGGCCCUGGCAUUUUGGGGCAUUGUAAGGCAUAUUAUGGUAUGGUGGAGGCACAGAGCAGAGGCACUCUGCAUUGUAACCCUAGUCCGUCGGAUUUGCGUGAGCGGAUGUCGACGGAGAAUGGUUUUACGGACAAAAUGUUCGCAUGGCUGGAAAGCAUUAUCAGUUGUCCGCUCACUGAAAAUUCUCAAGACCAAGCAAAAAAGCCUGUUCACCAUCCAGAUGAGAUGGACUCUUGUUUGGAAGUGCCUCCCCAGGCAGCUGAAAUGGAUGAGGACUCGUUUAAUUAUGAAUUUUCAGAUUUUCUUUACCACCUAGCUAUUGAGUGCAACUGGCAUCAUGUCAAGAAUGGCGAGAAGAAAGAUGACACAACAUGUCGAAUGCCAUUGUCAACAAUUGAUCCUGAGACAGGCUCCAUUGAACUAAGGUGUUGGAGGGGAAGGUGCAAUACCGAUACACAGUAUAUAGGAUCAGGCAAAGCAGCGAAGGCGACUAUAUUUUAUACAACAGAAUACAUCACAAAGACAUUAGACUAUGCAACUAAAAUGUAUGAGUUGAACUCACCAAAGGAUGUAGAUGUCUCAUCUAGCAAAAAGGAACGUAACUUAAUCACUAAAUCUGUGAAUGCAAUGAUGGGCAAACAAGAAAUGUCGCAUCAGCAAAUCAUGAGUUAUUUAGUGGGCGGCGGAGAUCAUUACAGCAGUCAUACCUUUCAGACGUUUAAAUGGGAUGCGCAUGCAACCUUAGUCUGGGAGCAACAAAAGAAACCACAUAUCUACAGUCAUGAAGGUGAGGGGGAUGCGCAAAUUGACAUUGAUGCCUUCGACGAAGCAUUGUUCGCUGACCCAUCGCUUGACACAAAAGAAGAUCACAAUGAAAUAGAUGAUGAACACCUGGUCUCAACAAAUAAUAACGCACGGGAUAUACAGUCUUGUUUAAGGGCGGUGUGGUGUUCAAACUUUCUGUAG